AAAAGUUAUGUCCGAGAUGCCAGACACGGUACACGCUCAGACUUUCUCGUCCGUCUUGUACUUUGCGUUACCGCUUUCUCAACAGACAGAAUGCCUUGACCCCGAAGCCGUCGUCGCAAGUGCUUCUAUGUGUAUUCCUCCACGUUCCCUAAUCUGAGGCGCAGGAAUCGCUUCUUUCGCCGUUCUCAUCAUGUCCACAGCUGGUGCCAUACGGGGGCCAGCAUUUCUCACUCGUUCUCUGGCUUUCACCCAUCCUCAGAUCAACCACCAACUUCACCAAAAUAUACGGCGAAGCCUCGAUCCGUACCAAGUCCACAUGCGAAAAAUGCAUUCUUCGCCUCGAACUGGCGCCACCGCCGCAGGAGGCAAAGCUGCGACGUCCGCGAUCCCACAUAUUUCGUUGCAUAUCGCCGCGUCUUCGAGCGGCAAGGGGCAAAGAUACAAGCCCGAACAGAACACAUUCGAUUUCGAUCCCGGCAAUACCGACGGGCUAGGUCUUCAACGCGGCCGCACGCGCGAAGAGGUGAGGUCCAACCGUCCGGACAGCGGUCAGGACGCGUACUUUGCGGUGCGCGUGGGAAAAGACUCGGACACCACGGCUUUUGCAAUAGCAGACGGUGUAGGAGGGUGGGGCGAACAUGGGAUAGACCCUGCAGACUUCUCGCACGGGUUGUGCAGUUACAUGGCGGAAACGGCGCUGUCAUGGCCGAAAGGUGAACGACUGACACCGCAACGACUGCUGGAAAUCGGAUACGAGAAGACCAUCAAUGACCCGACGAUCCGGGCCGGUGGUACCACCGCAUGUGUCGCGGUGACACAAGGUGACGGACGCACGCGGAUAGCGAAUCUCGGCGACUCGGGGUUUUUACAACUUCGGUUGGGCAAGGUCCAUCACUACUCGAUCCCACAAACCCAUGCUUUCAAUACACCAUACCAGUUGAGCCUCACCCCGCCGGAGAUUCUUGCUCAAGCCAUGAUCUUUGGCGGUGUACCCUUGAACGACAAACCCGACCGUGCCGAUUUGGCAGAUCACAUGCUACGGCAUGGCGAUGUGCUGGUCCUUGCGACCGAUGGCGUCUGGGACAACCUGAAUUCGCACGAUGUGCUGUCAAUCGUGUCCAGGACAAUGCGCGCGACUGGCGCGUGGCUGAGGACGCCUGAUCAAGGGUACACUAUCUCGCCCGUCCUCGGUGAACUGGUGGACAAGACCACUGCUAUGCAGAAACAUAAGCUCCCUGCGACGUUGCAGAGUGUCCUAGCGGCCACCAUCGUUGGUGAAGCCAAGGCCGCCAGCGAGAAUUCGAAACGAGACGGCCCGUUCGCGAAGGAGAUGCAGAAGAAUUUUCCGUUCGAUCCUUGGCACGGCGGCAAAGUCGAUGACAUUGCUGUACUGGUCGCCAUUCCGGUGGACGAGACCAAGUCUCAGCAGGAUGCAAAACUCAAGGCCAAGUUAUGAUUUUACAACAUGAAGAAGCCGCUGGCCACGAGAAAUGAACCUUCAGAAGACAAUUCCACCGUCGGGACUCUUCUGCUGUUUGCUCCAGGCCCAAGUAAGCCUUUGUGAAGCUAUACAAAUAAACCCCGCCUACGAGUCCGGGGCACCGUUAUGACGAACAUAUCGUUUUAUCACUUCAUAAACAACUCGAUCGGAUCACGCAGCAGAGACACAGCAUGCUUGGUGGUAUACAUCGCGACCUGUUUUUAUUGUUGCAUUUACUGUUAAGCAUAGCACAACCCAGCGCAUGGCACAGGCGUUUUUGGAUCUUAUUGCAGUUAUUUGGAUCGCGGAACAAGGGGGUUGCACUGGUUUUAAAAAAGAUAGAGCGGCAGAUUGACACUGGGAAAAGAGGAAAAUUGUUGUCUGAUCAAAACAUUGUUUACAAAAUAGAAAGGUUAGAUGUGGUGUUCGCGCACGAGGAUUUUUGGACAUCUGUCCAUAGGCUCAUGGGUACCCAGCUUACGUUACCCUUGUUAUCGGGACAGCAGCGCCUCGCGGAAGGGCGGCUGCUUAUAAGGAUCAGCUAGAUGGCUGGGAAUAUACUCCUGUUGAUUUUCAAAUCAUUUCAAGUCAUGAUACCUUGUACACUAUGUAAGACAUAAUCACAUAUAUCAAUAAGUUCCACGGACUCGGAAUCAGUCACCGAGCCACGGAGUUGUUCAAAUCCAUGGUUUGUUCGAACCAAAAAGCAAGCCUGAACGAAUCUUC